AGGAUGUUAGAAGAUGCAUCAAUUAUGUGCAAUUCAUGGUCGCCAAGACACAACGGUGAUAUUUUCACGGGACUAAAUGAGGGAAUCAUGAGCAGAGCGGAAGCUCUCGCUGCUGUAGACAUCAAACAUCAAGGAUCGGGUGGACCUGGAGGUCUUCCUCAGCUCAAACACGACAUGAUGUACCACCACGGCAUGGGCGCUCCUCCACCAGUUACCAGACCACAUCAGAUGGGUCACAUGGAUGGUCUGGAGAUGCUGGAUCCGAUCUCCACGUCCUCGAUGACGACGCUGACGCCGAUGUCGGAGACGCCGACGCACAUGCACUCGUACGGCAUGAACCACGUGAUGAACCACCAUCACCACGGUGGACCUCUGUCCGGACACAACGCACCAGGUCAUCAUCCGGGUCACCACGGAGGACAUCCAGGAGCUCACCAUCCUUCGGCGAUGGCAGCAGCUGCAGCGGCCGCAGCUGUAGCCGGUCUCCAUCCGGACGCGGACACGGACCCCAGGGAACUGGAGGCCUUCGCCGAGCGCUUCAAGCAACGCAGGAUAAAGCUUGGCGUGACGCAGGCGGACGUCGGCAAAGCCCUGGCAAACCUGAAACUCCCCGGAGUCGGCGCCCUUUCCCAAUCCACGAUCUGCAGAUUCGAAUCGCUCACCCUCUCGCACAACAACAUGAUAGCGCUGAAGCCGAUCCUGCAGGCCUGGCUCGAGGAGGCCGAAGCUCAGGCGAAGAACAAGAGACGGGACCCGGACGCUCCGAGCGUUCUACCGGCUGGAGAGAAGAAACGCAAGAGGACGUCGAUAGCCGCACCGGAGAAACGUUCGCUGGAAGCGUACUUCGCCGUGCAGCCGCGACCCUCAGGCGAGAAGAUCGCGGCCAUCGCCGAGAAGCUCGACCUGAAGAAGAACGUCGUGCGCGUGUGGUUCUGCAAUCAGCGGCAGAAGCAGAAGAGGAUGAAGUUCGCGGCGCAGCACUGACCUGAUUUGAAUUUUGGUUUCCCCGUGAACUAGCCGACAGCAUUCAACUGUGUUAACAACGAACAAGAAGUUAAUUAAGUUUGUAGCAUAUUUAACAGAGAAAAGGAAUCCAAAAAAAAACCAACGAUCACGACGACGACGACUAAACCACCCCAAACAAACCCAAAGAGAAAGUUUCGAGAAAGCUCAAAGCACUGUACAUAACUUUAAUUAAAGAAUAUAAAUAUAUAUAUAUAUAUAUAAAAA